UCCAGAAUUUCAAUGAGCAGUCGAAGGCCGCGUACAGCCUCCUGCAGUCGCUGACCUUCUCAAGUGAGUUCUCGACUGCUUCCUGAAGCCUGCAUUGGAUCUGGACACCCUCUGUCAACUAGCAUUCGAUGCUAUCACGCCUCACAUCACGCCUCCCUCGACUACAACAACUCCUACAACACUUUCAAGUCCCCAGUGUAUCAGCCGCGUCGAAACCGUUCAGCACAUCAACCCCCCAGUCUGCAACCAUGACGGACCACUCGAAAUGGAAGUUCAACCACACCAUGCUCCGUGUGAAAGACCCUCAGCGCUCGAUUGAGUACUAUAACCUCCUGGGCCUGAGCUUGAUCAAUAAGUUGGAUUUCCCCGACAACAAGUUUUCUUUGUAUUUCCUAGCCUAUGACGGACCUUCCUCUGCUUCUAAAGACGCACACUGGACCGACCGGGAAGGCGUCAUUGAACUCACGCACAACUACGGCUCCGAGUCGGACCCCGAUUUCACCAUCAACAACGGCAACAAAGAGCCCCACAAAGGCUUCGGUCACAUCUGCAUCUCUGUCGACAACAUUCAAGCUGCGUGCCAACGCAUUGAAGAUGCCGGGUAUAAAUUCCAGAAGAAACUGACCGACGGGCGCAUGCGGAGCAUCGCGUUCGCCCUGGACCCCGACGGAUAUUGGGUGGAAGUCAUCGGUCAAAAGCCGGUGGAACAGACAGAGGAUAUAAAGACAACGGAGACAGGCACUUACAGGAUGAACCACAGCAUGAUCCGGGUCAAAGAUCCGGAGAAGUCAUUGAAAUUUUACCAGGAGGUGAUGGGCAUGUCGCUCAUGAGGACCUCUGAACAAAAGGCGGCGGGGUUCACUUUAUAUUUCCUGGGAUAUCCGGGCGAUUAUGGGAUUCCCAAACCUGAAGACUCGCCCAACGGCGUCAACCCACUCGCUGGGAAAGAAGGUCUGCUUGAAUUGACCUGGAACUAUGGGACCGAGAAGGAAGAUGGCAAAGUAUACCACAACGGCAAUGACCAGCCUCAGGGCUUUGGGCAUAUCGCCAUCAGUGUGGAUGACUUGGACAAGGCGUGUGCGUUUAUGGAGGAGAAAGGGGUGAACUGGAAGAAGCGGCUCACCGACGGCAGGAUGAAGAACGUGGCCUUUGUGUUGGAUCCGGACGACUACUGGGUUGAGAUCAUCCAGAAUGAGAGGCUGAAGAAGUCGACGAAUUGGUGAUUGGACUGGUGACCUGUGUGCUUUCUUGCACGCGAAACGGGGAUACUUCCAUAGGAUCCUUGACCAGGCUGGAUUCAGACCAGGCCAUGCUCUAUGAACAUGUUUGAACAUAGAACAGAGCGAGAGGAGAGAGGAGAAGAGUCCGUCUUAUCUUUCUCAGUGAUAACCUAUCUGGGUGGUUCACGAGCAAGAUCUCUACUACUCAUACUGACAAAUUAAUAUCCCUGGGGAAGGGAGAUUGUUGGGCCUCAGCCAUUGUCGAGUUGUAGAUUUACCUCCGUGUGGUCG